CUAAUCCUGCAAGGUUUAACCUUUUGAAAAAGGAAAACCUCCAACAACGUUCGAUUUGUUUGACUUACUUCAGGUGGGGGCGAGGCGGGAGAGGAAUAGAGUCAUGGAGGACGAGCCAUGGCGAGUCCUCGAGUUCUACAGCGGCAUCGGUGGCAUGAGGUAUUCGUUAACAGAGGCGGGAGUGAAUGCAAAAGUGGUUGAAGCUUUUGACAUAAACGACAAGGCGAAUGAUGUAUACGAGCACAAUUUUGGUCACCGUCCUUGUCAGGGUAAUAUCCAGAGCCUGACUGCUGCUGAUCUUGACAGCUAUGGUGCACAUGCAUGGCUUCUCUCUCCUCCUUGCCAACCUUACACUCGACAAGGCCUCCAGAAGCACUCUGGUGAUGCUCGAGCAUUUUCAUUUCUCAAGAUUCUUGAACUUAUACCUCAUAGUACGCGACCUCCAGUUAUGCUAUUUGUGGAAAAUGUUGUUGGAUUUGAGACAUCAGACACACAUACAAAAAUGAUGGAAAUGUUAGCAAACAAUGAUUUUGUUACACAGGAGUUCAUUUUAAGCCCAAUACAGUUUCGUGUACCAUAUUCCAGGCCGCGCUACUUUUGUCUGGCAAAAAGAAAGCCUCUAUCCUUUCAGCAAGAAGCCUUCAAUGGCCAGGUUCUUCAGUCUCCAACUCCAUUAUUUGGACAUGAUGAUAAUGUAGUAAUGAAUGAAUGUGAUAAACCACAAGAGAGCUGGGAUAGAUUGCUUCAGUCUUGUGAGCCAAUAGAGAGGUUUCUCGAGUUCAGUGAUUUCGGGGGCCAAAUAAAUGCAGAAUCUGUUGUUGGGGCAGUGAUUAAUAUUCCUCCAAAGGACCUUGGAGCUUCCAAUAAAAUUUGUGAGGGAAGUGAAUGUGAUUUGAGCUCCAUAGACCAAUAUUUCAUUCCCUUGAGCUUGAUAGAGAGGUGGGGAAGUGCUAUGGAUAUUGUCUAUCCGGAUUCAAAGCGAUGUUGUUGUUUUACAAAGAGUUACUAUCGAUAUGUGAAAGGUACUGGGUCCCUAUUGGCUACUGUCCAGCCAAAGAAUAAGGGGAAGGGCUCUUCAUUGAAGGAGCAGGCCCUUAGAUAUUUCACCCCCAGAGAGGUUGCUAAUUUCCAUUCUUUCCCAGAGGAUUUUCAGUUCCCACAACACAUAAGCCUUAGACAGCGUUAUGCAUUGCUGGGGAACAGUUUAAGCGUAGCAGUGGUAGCUCCCUUGCUCAGAUAUAUAUUUUCUCCACCUCCUUGAUGUGUCAUUGUGUCCAUCACCCCAUUCAUUGGAUUCUGAUCCUUCCCUUUGGAAAAUUACUUACAGGUAAAGCAUUGGGAUGAAGACUUGGGGAAAAUUAUAGGCUCCAUUAAAGUCAAAUUGUUCACCAUUAUGAUGACCUGAAUGCAGAUCUUCGGUAGGAUGCUAAGUGUAUCAACUUUGUAAAACUACUUUUUCCAUUGGAGAUGAUACGUAAAGUAUUGCCCCAGGACAUAUGAAAGUUUGCAUAUUAUAUUUUUAUUCCACCCGAAAUGCAUCAAUCCCUUGAUCA